AAUAUACUAAUUGUAAGACAGGAAAAGGUUACAACUAAGUGGUUAAUGCAGUGAAGUGACAUCUUUAUACACAGCUGCUAAAAGGGAGGGCGGUAGUUGCAAGUACCCAAUCUAAAUCAUUGAAACUUUCUGGCAAUGGAUUUAAGAAAAAAAAAAAAAAACUCUUCUGAGUAGAAAAGCUAGAUUGUUAAACUGUAAUCAUAGCGCUUGACAGCCUGAAACACAAAUAUAUCCAGAUUUUUUUAUUUCAUUAGACAUGCGGUAAAAACAAUGGAACCAAUACAUCCCCUCCUCUCUAUUCCAUCAAAAGGCAUCAGGGGUUUCAUUUGUAAAGGAGAUAAUCAACUCUGAAUGUCUCUUUCCAUUAGCUGGCCAGGGCAGAGGAAAUCCAUCAGCAAACAUGCCACACAGCUAUACCAACCACAAGAAGAAAGCUAAUGGGCUUGCGAUGAAGACGGAGAGGAGAAGCACUACAGGCAAAACCAACAGGAGGUCGCGGAAGCUUGGGCUCAUUUCCAGGUCGUUAAUACUGUGCAAUUCCAAAAACAGUGACGAAGGAUCGAGCCCUGAGGAAAAAUACCCUGAUCCAGCUGAAAACGAGAAAUACAGUGGGAGAGAACGAUCGGAGAGAAACCCCAGGGCACAGGUGCUGUCCACAACACACUCUGCUGAACACAAAGAUUGUGACCCACAAAGGACCACAGGAGAACAUGAGGAACAUGCCAAGAAGACUAUGAGGAGAACAUUUUCCAUUAAGGAAAGCAGCAUCUGGAAAUUGUGUGUGGCUACUGGUGAUGAAGGUCUGGGGAUUCAAAUCUCUGCAAAUAACACCUCUGCAGUACCAAACAAAGGAAUUACUGUUAGCCAUGUGAUGAAUGGAGGGGCAGCACACAGAGAUGGUCGUCUUCAGCCUGGGGAUGAGCUGCUAACAGUGAAUGGACAAUCCCUGACUGGCCUCUCAAGACAUGAGGCUGAGGCUGUGCUCCAGACAGCAACAGGGCUAGUGGAUUUGGUAGUUUCCACCAAGCUAAUGACUUGUCCUGUAGAUGAAGAUAAAAGGUCACUUUUAUGUAACAGAUCUACCUCGGUUUCUGCACCACCAACUACCGACAAAGAAAACCAGCAGCCUCAGACAAACAUCAUUGAUAAAGAAAAUGCUGGGAACGACAUUCACCCAAAGAGAAACAGCACAGACAUGACUGGGGAGGGAUACAAUGAGCGUGAUGCAGAAAAAUCAGAUAAUUAUUCCCAGACCAAGUUGUCCUGUAAAAGAACUCGGAGUAAUUCUACUAGUGUCAAUCCCUAUUGGAUUGGAGAUUUAGAUGACCUUAUCAUUAAAACACCAGAGAUGUAUAAUAGUAACAACACACAGGGAAAUCCCGGUUUCUACAGCAACAGGAAGGCACUCUCCCAGCAGCUGGAGUUUCCUGAUGCACCUGCCCAGGUUAUUGCAAGACCCACUCGGUCUUUAAGCUCGGCACACUUAGUGAACUCGAGCAGCAGCGUGCAAGCCUGUGUUAUUUCUAAUAUCGUUCUGAUGAAGGGUCAAGGCAAGGGUUUAGGGUUCAGUAUAGUCGGUGGAAAGGACAGCAUGUAUGGACCAAUAGGAAUCUAUGUCAAGACUAUUUUCCCAGGUGGAGCAGCGGCAGCUGAUGGAAGAUUACAAGAAGGAGAUGAAAUACUGGAGUUGAAUGGCAAGUCGCUGCAUGGAUUGACCCACGAUGAGGCCCUGAAGAAAUUUAAGCAAACUAAGAAGGGCUUGCUGAUGCUGGCUGUGCGGACCAGCCUGCGGAUCGAAGCCUCGUCCAGCUCCUCCGGCGUCUCCCACCUGUGGCGCUCACGCUCCCUCAGCUCCAGCGCCACCAUCAGCAGCCGGGGAAGCUGCUCCGGCCCCGAGCUGGCAGACUGCAGCUUCCUCCCCAGCCCAGCCAAGCCCAAAGACAGAAUCAUGAUGGAAAUCACUUUGCACAAAGAAUUGGGUGUGGGCCUGGGGAUUGGGCUGUGCUGUGUCCCCUCCAGUGAAGGCUACCCUGGCAUUUACAUCCACACCCUCUCCCCUGGCUCUGUGGCCCACAUGGAUGGAAGACUAAGGGGUGGGGAUGAAAUCGUAGAAAUCAAUGAAACAGUGGUUCACAGCAUGACUCUCAAUGAGGUUUACACAGUCCUCAGCCAAUGCCACCAGGGGCCUGUCCAGGUUAUCAUCAGUCGUCACCCGGAUCCGAAGGUUUCAGAACAGCAGCUAAACGAAGCCAUUGCACAAGCUGUUGAAAACAGCAAACUGAAAAAAGUCAAGAGUCAGUGGAGUAUAGAAGCCCUGAAAAAGAAUGAGCCGUGCUCCCAUGGAAAGCAGAAGUGUGAAAAAUGCUUGGAGAGAAGUUUCAGUCAACUGAAUAACAGGAGACCCCAGAAGCUGAUGAUCCGCUCAAGCAGCGACACGAGCUCCAACCACAGAUCACCCUGUUCUAACGGGGGCUCAGCCUACUCAACCCAGCAGGCAGGCAUGAAGUGCAGGGUCCACAGUGUUGACGUGCCCAUGACCGCUCCACAAAGCACUGUGGCUGGAUCGCCAGGCUGGUCGGUUAUAGAGAUCAAACCAUCCCCUCCUCACCCAGACGAUUACAACGUACCUAACAGCAAACAUUCCAGCCAACAAUCUACAGACUUCAUUAUCAAAACCGCAAGAGCCUCCAAGCCAAAGCCUCCACCGAGGAGGUAUUUUAAACAGCAAGAAGAUUCAAAGGAAGAGCAUUUUUCUGAUCAUGGAGGUGUGAACGGAGAUUCACCCAGCGACUGGAAACCAUCUACUACAAAGUGCCAGUUUUUUUACAGUUUAUUCAUGGCUUUGAGAAAAAUUCCUGAUUUACUCUUUAAAAAUGAAGCAGGGAGCUUGGUGUCUGAAGGAACUAAAACGGUUCACACUAACACUCUCUGCGUGACUUCAUUAUCACCAGGGGACUCUGGUCACUUCUCUGAAACUGCAAAAGAUAACUCUUUACGAGCAGAAGGAAGACACCAAAGUGUUGGUUCUCCUACAAACUUCUCUACGGGAACUAAAAGGCCAGCAUUAAGAAGACAAGCUCACAUGGAUCUCUUUGUGGCUCAUCAAACACAAGACCCGUCGGUAAGGAUUGCAGACAGUACUGAGGGACAACCAAGCUGUGCCAUCAUGAGUCAGGAGAAUGGGCAACCAGACCUGAACGGCUCCUCCGUGCACGAAAAGGAUGCACCUGAAGGAGCUGUGGCUGUAAAAGACCCCCAGAAUGUUAAGAAAGGUCCUCCAGUGGCACCAAAGUCGGUUUGGGUUCGCCAGAGCCUGAAAGGUUUAAAGAGUGGAAAACUGCCAGCAACAACCAAACCUCGGGACGGGGGCACACCAAAUCCAAGAAGCAUGUUUGGUGUGAGCUUAAGAAAUACUUCGACCAAAUCCAACUUGUCAUUCAAACAGAAAAUUAGCUCUUUUGAAACUUUCUCUAGCUCUGAAUCUACUGAAAGAGGAACUAAGAGGAUUGCUCCAUCACUGUCUUUACCCUUGGUAGACAAACCUCCAAGCAGAAGUGACACAACUUCAGCUGUCAACACUGCUUGUCAUGCUGCCAAUAAAGCAGCUGAGGUUAGCCCACCUGAUGAAAGCAAGUCAGCAAUAGAGGUGACCAUCCCAGCAGCAGAGCCAGAGGUACCUUCCUCUCCCCCGCCAGCGUCUUCAUUGCCCAGCCCCAGGAGAAGCAGCAGCACAAAAACUGUGCCCUCCACAGCAUCGCUGGAACCUGAAGAAAACAUGGUGUUCAAGUCCCCUAGCCAACGGACAAGAAGCUUCCCACUGGCUACCACCCCGUCCUCUGAAACCUCCAACCUGAAGACCUAUGAUGGAGAAAGCCUCUGUAAAAUUCUCUCGUUCAGUAAUCAAGUAUCGCAUGCGUUAAUGAGGUCAAUGCGUUCCCUUCCUCAGUCCCCCUCCAUCUGGCACAGCAACCCUUGGUCUGCUGCUCCAGGAUCCCCCCAAGCAGCUCCUGACGAUGACUUGUCCUGGGCUGACAAGACCCCCGGGUCGCCUUCUGUUGACCUGAGCCAUGCUGAGAAGGGAUUUUCUGUCAGCUUGGCAGAGCUCAGAGAAUGCACGAUAAACAUGGCGGACGAGAAGAGAGAGGACGGGAAGAGGGAACGCACCUCGUCCCUCUCCUCCUCAGCCUCGGCCCAGUCACUCAUCUCCCUCAUUCCUGCAGAGGAGAUCAAGAAGAUGAUAGAGGAGGUGAAGGCCCUAGAUGAAGAAACCCUGAAGCAAUUUGAAGACAUUCACGUUGUAAUUUUGCACAAAGAAGAAGGCACUGGGCUGGGAUUCAGUAUUGCUGGUGGGAUAGACCUUGAAAAUAAAGUGACCACAGUACACAAGGUAUUUCCCAGCGGACUGGCAUCAGAGGAAGGAACCAUUCAGAAAGGGGAUGAGCUGUUAUCCAUUAACGGGCAAUCCCUUAAAGAGGUGACGCACAGUGAGGGCACAGCCAUUCUCCGGCAGGCCAGGAUGCUGAAGCAGGCGGUCAUCGUUAUUUGCAAAUCAAAGGAGAGCGACACAGGAAAUGAUGAGAGCAGUGAAAGCAGCAUGACCACAAGUGCUGUUGAAAAUCCAAGUGUGAUAGAUGCAGAGGAUGCGGGUUCCGAUACAAUCACUGUUGAGCUGGAGAAGAACGCAGGGGGUGUGGGGUUUAGUUUGGAAGGAGGCAAAGGGUCCAUUCACGGAGACAAGCCCCUUGUCAUCAACAGAAUUUUUAAAGGGGGGGCUGCUGAACAGAGCAGGAUCCAGCCGGGCGACGAGUUACUGCAGAUCCAGAGUACUGCCCUGCAGGGACUGACCCGUUUCGAAGCCUGGAACAUCAUUAAAGCCUUACCGGAGGGUCCUAUCAGAGCUGUUAUCAGAAGAAAAACUGAUGUGAGCAAAUCUGAGGCCACUGCAGAGGAACAAUAAAACAGCUGCCGACAUUCAAGGUUUUAAACAGAGGUGUGUAAGCCAGUCCCUGUCGUGGAAUCAGCAGGAAAAUGACACUGUGUGUUAUCAAACAACGCCCCCAAAUGCUCGCUUUCCAAUCGCAGGCUAGGAAGGCCACCUUGAGCUACAGCCGUGUAAAAACUGUUCAACGCAGAGAAACAAAACCUGGGAGAGACACCAGACAAUGGACAUUAGGAGUCUCAGUGUUCAUUUAAUUAAAAUGUUUCCAUAGUGUUGACCAUAGUGAACAAUAAUAACAAUGACACUUGCAGUAUAAGGGUACAGCAUUCCUGGUGGUAGUCUUAAUAUCUUGUUGUCACUUGAGUGUAAAGCUACCCAAAAUAUACAGUAGCCUGGUUUCUCUUAGCUAUUUAUUCCAAAUCAUUAGCACAGUUCUUGUCUGAAAGGAACUGUGUGUAUAUAUAUAUAUAUAUAUAUAUAUAUAUAUAUAUAUAUAUAUAUAUAUAUAUAUAUUCUAAGACAAGUAAGAACCAACUUAGACUAUUUACAGACCAAUGUUGAAUGGCAUGUCCUGAAUAUAUGCAGACUCAUCAGGUAUUGUAAUUGCAGUUAUAUUGUUUUGAUGUUACACUUUCCAGCAAGCGUUAAAAGUCUAGUUAUAGAAAGGCUACCUGCUUCUUCUGUGUCAAGGCAAGAAAUGCACAUCUGAAGAACUUUAGAAACCCUGAAAAAAACAGAUGAUAGAUCAGCUUGCUCGCUUGCUUUAUUCAUCAACAAAAAAAAAAAUGCUUGAUGGUACAAAAUAUUGGCAGCAGAGUAUAAUUCUAAUUUGAUUUCACAUUUAUGUGCAAUACUUUCCUUCUUAAAAAAAAAAAAUAAUAAUAAUAAUAUAAGAGAUAUAGUAUAAUGUAAAAUUUAUAAUUUUGGUCAUAUUCUGUGUCAGUGAAAUGUAUUUUUUUUCAGGAAAUAAAGUAUUUUAUAGAGCUGUAAAAAUAGGUUUUUCUUUUAUUUUUACAAUUAAUUUAAAUAUUUCUUCUGACGCCCAAAAUAUACUGUUACGUUUUUCUUUGAUUGCGUUCAAUAAAACAUUACAUUAUCUCCAUUGUUAUUUCAAAAGUUUAUUAGUUACCCUAAAUUACCCUCUUGUUUUUUGUUUUUGUUUUGUUUUUUAAUUGAAGCUUUUUAAAAUAAACAUUUUUUUAUUUUUAUUUUUUUUAGAAAAAAAUUAAACCUGGUGUUAACAUAGCAUGGUGCUAAAUACUUUGUGAAUAUGGACUUCGGUAUCUGACAUUAGCAACACCAAUAUAGUUUGUCUAGUGACCUCUUCUGGUACCAUGCAAUAAUGUACUUAGCAACUUAACCACAUCAAUCCUGACAAAAAAAGGGACACAAAACACACGCACGCUCUAGAAUUACGCCUUUAAUUCCCAUGCUGAGAAAAUUCCAAAUAAAUACAUUUAGUUUAAGGUCAUUCUCAAAAUGAAUUUUUCUCUUAGUUCUUUACAGUUACAGUACAACACAGUUUUAGGGUUAUCAUUUUCAUAGCAGCAAUCUGUUUAAAGAACAAGGAGUUGCAAUAUCUUAUUGAGUCACAGAUUACAUAAUCUAUUAUAAAACAUUAAUAAAAUAAAACUAUCAGAAUCUAAAAUGUUAUUGACUGGUACAGUACAGUAUACAGAACUAGCUGUGAACUCCCAUUACAAAGACUACUCAUAGAAACUUAAAACCGUGUGUCAAUGGCACACAUACAGAACACAGUACAGUACAGUGCAACAAUUUAAAAAAACACAAUGGGUCUGCUGUUGACUGAGAGAGUAACACUUGCUUUCAUGAAUGCAAGGACAACAUGAAAAAUCUUUCAAAUAAUACAAACCCUUACUCUAACAUAGUACAUCGCAUGUAUGUAUAGUACACCUGUGUAAAAACAUAAAUACAUGUAGAACUGUACCUGAAGGGAAGGAUUACAAGAUAUAAACCAAACAGUGUUGACAUUGAUGAAGGCGUUAGUGACACACUUGUCUACGUGACUUACACCAGGCGUUUGGGUGACAGUUAUGAAUAGAAAAGUGCAAUAUCACAUUAAACACUGUGCACACUUGGAAACAACCAUGCUCCCUGAACGACUCAAUUGAAGUAAGUGCAUUGGAAGAGUGACAGAGAAGACAGUCAACACUGACACACAUCAUGCUUCUCACAUUGAAAUACUUUUCUGAAAAUCUGUACACCAUUUGCAUAUGCUCUGGCUUUUAUUUUUAUGAACUAGUAACAUUGUUUUUAAAUGCAGCUAUUUGCUUUACAUAUAAGUUUUCCAAGUGAUAGUCUAUGAUUAGAGUGUGUUACUGUUGGGUCUAUAUUCUCUGCUGGAUUUAUCCGUUACCCAGGUUUAUUUACCAUCUUUGACCAAACAAAACAAAUGUUUUUCCCUUUAGUCUGCUGGUCUUUAGCACAUGCAUUUCAAAAUAAUGUGUAAGAAUGUAAAAAGAAAAGCUGGUCUUUUGCUCAAUUUGUUGGAUUAAAUUCUAGACAAAACAAA